AUGGUAUUGUCAGCAGUAAAAGGUGGAGGGAGAGAUGGAGGCCCUGCAAUCUUUAGUCCAUUGAUAAAGAAAGCAGAGGAUUUGGCUUUCUUGGAAAAAGAUGAUGGGGUUGCAAACUUGGAAAUCAUUGGGAGAGGUGGAUGUGGAGAAGUGUACAAAGCCGAGUUGCCAGGAAGUAACGGAAAAAUGAUUGCCAUAAAAAAGAUAAUUCAGCCGCCAAAGGAUGCUGCCGAGUUGACUGAAGAAGAUAGCAGACUUUUAAACAAGAAAAUGAGACAAAUUCAAUCAGAGAUCAAUACCGUCGGCCGCAUUCGGCAUCGAAACCUUCUUCCUCUUCUAGCUCACGUGUCUCGUCCUGAUUGUCAUUAUCUUGUCUACGAAUUCAUGAAAAACGGGAGUCUUCAAGAUUUGUUGAACGAUGCUAACGAAGGGAGAAGAGAGUUGGACUGGUUAACUCGCCACAAAAUUGCAGUAGGAGUAGCAUCGGGACUUGAGUACCUUCACAUGAACCAUAAUGAUCGGAUCAUUCAUAGAGAUCUCAAGCCCGCAAAUGUACUUCUCGACGACAACAUGGAAGCUAGAAUUGCCGAUUUUGGACUUGCAAAAGCAAUGCCGGAUUAUAAAACACAUAUCACAACUUCUAAUGUUGCUGGAACAGUGGGAUACAUCGCACCAGAGUACCACCAAACAAUCAAAUUUACAGACAAGUGUGACAUAUACAGUUUUGGUGUGGUGCUUGGGGUAUUGGUGAUGGGAAAGAUUCCAUCUGACGAGUUUUUUCAGAAUACUCGUGAAUUGAGCUUGGUUAAGUGGAUGAGAAAUAUUAUGACAUCGGAAAAUCCAAGUCAAGCUAUCGAUCCAAAACUGAUGGGAAAUGGGCUAGAGGAGCAAAUGCUGCUGGUUCUGAAAAUUGCUUGCUUCUGCACCAUGGAUGACCCAAAACAGAGGCCUAACAGUAAGGAUGUCAGGUGCAUGUUGUCACAAAUCAAACACUAG